GCUAGAGGCGAGUACGAAAAGCUGAUGAUGGAGUUUGAGUUCCGAUGCGAAAGGUCUGCUGCCAUGUACUACUCUGAGGCUGCGGGACUCAACGCCUGGGUUUUCUACGUUGUACUGGCCGGUGCUGUUGGAGCUGGAAUUGUAAGUUUGUACCAGUUUCUGAAUGCAGUCGUGGGCCUACAAUUGUUGAGUAAUACUACUUUAUACAUCGCGCUGUUUAUUGUCUGCCUCUGUGUGGGCUGCUUGGCAGGAACUGAGAAACUCCAACCCUUUAUGAAAGAAAGACAACAGCUGUACAUCUCGGCCGCGGCCACCUGGCAGAAACUGGCAAUGAGGACUCGAUCGUACCGCAUCCAGAUGGACAAUCCGAAAUAUGGCAGCGAAAAAUAUGCCGAAUUUUAUAAUGACCUGAUCAAGGCCCGUGAAGCGGUUUGUGCCAAGGUGUGUUCGUCACAAGCUCACUACGAGAAGUUCUUAGAGCCCGAGACAUUGUUUAGGAGACUGUGGAAAAAGCAGGAGUUGUACCGGAAGUUUCUGGAGCUGCAGGAUCAAGGGCCGAGCGACCCUGAGGAUUUGCAGGAGGCGGAGACGCUGUGGACGACCUUGAUGAAGCAGAAACGCGUCAUGUUUGGAUGUUGUUGUUUUGUCCUGUGUAUGAUUUUGUCUGUCCCUUGUCUGUUCUUCGGGUACGGUUCCAUGUUAGGGAACUUUUUUGUAUCUAUCGUUGACUACGAGAAUGUGGGUGAGCAGGUACAUAGGUACAGUGAUAUUUCCUCACCAAGAUGAAACAAGAAGAGAAUAUGACGGACAAUUAUUAGCUGUAUUUCUUCAUGUUUUUGUUGUUCAACUUUAAUUCAUUAGUGGAUUUUUCUUUCUAGCUUUUAUCGCCCAUUUCUACGCAAAUUGUAAGACAACACAGCGGCAGAUUGUAGUUAAAUAUAAACACCCACCUCUUGUAGCUGUCACCAACUUCAAGAUGUCCGUCGAGAAGUCACAAAUUCCCAUUUCCCGUGACAGCCUACUCUACUGUCCCUAUCUAGCACCGUACGCUGACCAACUUGCACUGAACAGUGACAAUAUAUGCUCUUGCCCCUCGACUGUCACUCAUACUCUACUAAUACUAAUCGAAUGUAUAUAACUUUCAAGGUGGGUGAUAAAUUUCUGCAUGUUUUGAAAGAUGCACCUGAUGUGA